AGCAAACUCCAGUCAGUACUAAGUGGAACCGGCUUGAGUGCAGAGAGUGACGCAAAAAACAUUUAACCGAAGAAGGAUAUUCUGGUUUGAAUUGCCUAAUAGCAGUGAUAUAAUAAAUUUAUUCUACUAAUGGAUUCCAAAAUGAUUUCCUCACAGAUCAUCAUUAAGCCUCAACAGAAUAUGACCGCCAAAAUAUUGGUGGGAAGUGGACAAAAUUUUAAACGUUCUCCCGAUGUCUAUGAACGCCCCUUGAUGGUGAAUGCCUGGUGUCAGACCACAAAUGAUGAUUUCAAGUUCCUGCACGAAUUCGAGCACAAACAGGAACAGACAAAACGUGAAAAUGAGUUGCUGGAAAAAAUCCGCAUUUUGGAGGAAAAUCUUAAGGCCCAUACGGAAUUACUUUCUCAAAUUCAUGCCACAUCGGCACGGACGUCAGCCCUGCUGGGACAAUCAUCCACAACGGUUACUGAACAAAUCAGUGUUAAACCCAUACAGAUUCAAACGAUUGAAUCACAAUCUUCGAGCGUAAAUACCUACAAAAUAACUGAGCCCAGGCUCAGUAGGAGCUCUCACAACUCUCCCACAAGUUCGGUGAUAAAUCCCCAACAAAUGCCUACCAAUCACAUGGAGAGUGUAAAAUAUACCAUCAUCGCUGAAGGUGCUGGCGAUGCUCAUGGCGAGCCAAUAGAAAUCCAGUUGGCCGAAGAUGAUGGGGCAUUGAAUCUCAACACCUCUGCAGAUUCGGAUCGUUUGGAAAUAUGUUUGGCAUCAGAUGAUAUGGAAAUUAAAACGGAAACCCUAAACACUCUUUCCACAACCACCAAUACCAUUACCCCUUUGUCUCGCAGCAAUGCCAGCAGUGAACAGAACUUUUUGAAACGUAGAAGACUACCGGCUGAUGAAAAUGAGGAACCUGCUGAUAAUUCCUAUUCCUAUGAACAAACAAAGAGAAGAUCAAGCAACAACAAUAACAAGAACAACAACAUGUCAAACAUUAAAACCGAAAAUCCAUAUCAAUCCACGCCAAAACAACAGCCAUCUCCGUCGUCUUCAGGAAACGACACGGAUAUCGAAUACAAACUCAAUAUGGACAAUGUUAUGGUAUCCAUAGGUCCAAACAAUACCAGAAUACCGGCCAAAAUCUAUGAGGGCAUGAACUGGAGUUCAGCAUCGAUUGCCACACGCAAAUUACUUAUGGCCAUAUUCGAUCGUAAAACCCUGGCAACCCACUCCAUGACUGGCAAACCGUCACCUGCCUUCAAAGAUCAUGGCAAGCCAUUGAAGCAAAUGUUAGACCCGCUGGCAAUACAAGAUAUCAUUUUUGCUGUAACUCGCAAAUGCAAUGUUUCAGAGAAGGAGGUACGCAAUGCCAUUACAACAAAGUGCGCCGACGAGAACAAGAUGAUGAAGCUGCAGCUAAACAAACGAACGCCAAUGCGAGAAAUCAAAAAGGAAAACAGUCUUGGCGUCAAAGCGAACAUGAUGAUGUGAGAGGGUUGAAAUGCUACCGGAAAGAGACUUUAAAAAGUUCAAUAUUAUUGUUGUUGAAAAUGGAAUCCCAAGGAAUCUUCUGUUCAAAAAAGCACUUGAGUACAAAAAAAAAAAAAAAGAAAUUGUAUUAAAAUAUUUACAAAUACAAAUGUAUUUAUUUCUAUGAAAAUAAAACCAAAUAUUAUUGUUUAAGUUAA